UCUCUGGCUCUCUAUCAAACAAAUCAUAUAUUAUUUGCUAGAGAAGACAAACUCCCGCUCUCUCUCAAUCUCUCUCUAUCUGCUCCCGAUGCAGCCACAGAAAUGGAUUACCAUUGCAACAAUCUCUGCGACUUUACUCUUUUUAGCAGCAGAAUCAACCUCAGAACCUGAUCAAAUUGUCACUUUACCAGGCCAACCAGUGGUAAGUUUCAAGCAAUAUUCUGGUUUCAUCACCAUUGAUGAAAAGCAGAAGAAAGCUCUUUUCUACUACUUUGUUGAAGCAGAGACAGACCCAGCUUUAAAACCUCUUGUUCUCUGGUUAAAUGGAGGGCCUGGUUGUUCUUCCAUUGGAGCAGGAGCUUUCUGUGAGCAUGGACCCUUUAAACCAAGUGGAGACAUACUGCUAAAAAAUGAUUAUAGCUGGAAUAAAGAAGCAAAUAUGCUGUACUUGGAAUCUCCUGCUGGAGUUGGCUUCUCCUACACUGUUAAUGAAUCCUUCUACACUUCUGUGAAUGAUGAGCUGACAGCUCGAGACAAUCUUGCAUUUCUAGAACGCUGGUUUUCCAAAUUCCCAGAAUAUAAGGACAAAGAUUUCUUCAUCACAGGGGAGAGCUAUGGAGGUCACUAUGUCCCACAGCUUGCACAGCUCAUUGUCCAGUCCAAUGCAAAAAUCAACUUGAAAGGGAUAGCUAUAGGAAAUCCUCUUCUUGAAUUUAACACAGAUUUCAAUUCUCGAGCCGAAUACGUUUGGUCUCAUGGGUUAAUAUCAGAUGCAACCUAUGAGAUGUUUACAACUGUUUGUAACUAUUCUCAAAUCAGGAGACAGUUUGAAACUUUUGGUGCUCUCUCCCCAGAUUGCUCUAGAGUAAAUAGCCAAUACUCAAGAGAAGUCAGUAAAUUCAUAGAUACCUAUGAUAUUACUCUUGAUGUUUGCUUAUCUACAAUCCAAUUACAGUCUCAUAUAUUGAAUAAAAUGGUUAACAAAGUGUGCAUUGGAGUUACUAAGGCAACUGUAUUCUGUGAUGAACAGGAAUAUGUAGGGGAAAUUGAUGUUUGUGUAGAAGAUGAAACAGUGAAGUACUUGAAUAGAAAAGAUGUACAGGAAGCUCUCCAUGCUCAGCUUGUCAAUGUCGACAGAUGGACUGUGUGCAGCGAUGUGGUCAAGUACAACAGGCAAAAUCUGGAGAUACCCACCGUUCCUAUUCUAGGCAAGCUGAUCAGAUCCGGCAUCUGGGUUUUGGUUUACAGUGGAGACCAAGAUUCAGUUAUUCCACUGACUGGAACAAGAACACUGGCAAAUGGAUUGGCAAAAGAUUUGGGUCUCAACACAACUGUUCCAUACCGAACCUGGUUUGAAGGAAAACAGGUUGCUGGUUGGACACAAGUAUAUGGAGAUAUCUUAUCAUUUGCCACCAUUAGAGGUGCAUCUCAUGAAGCUCCAUUUUCUCAGCCAGAAAGAUCCCUUGUGUUAUUUAGUGCAUUUAUAGGGGGAAAGCAACUGCCGGAAGCCAUAUUGUCAAAUUGGUAAAUAGUUUAUUGCAGUCCAACAUUGUAGUGAAUCUGUUAAAUUUGCUACAGCAGGUGCUUCAUUCUCUUUGUUUUGAAUAAAAAUGUGUUGCAAAUUGUAUUGAA